GUAUACUUCUGGGGAAUUAUGGUAGGUGUAAUUAUUAGCUGCUCACACAUGUGCAGGGACGCUGCAGGGAGCCUCGGAAGUGUGUCACACUUUCUGCCUUCCUAUAUAACCCCAUCCGCUCUUCCUACACACAUCCAUAUCCACGUUCACCUGCACAAGAUCCCUGUGCUGUCUUCCUCUCCUUCCGUCUAUUCUACAGCUCCUCGCAUCACAUCCACAGCCCAUCAUCCAUCAUGGCUACCCCCGCGAACAAGACCAUCAAGAAUCUCAAUGGAAGCUGGACGAUGGAUAAAUCCCUCUCCACUCCCACAGAGAAUAUCUUCAAACUGCAAGGACUGGGCUGGGUCCUCCGUAAAGCCAUCGGCGUCGCAACCAUAACUCUCCACAUCCACACGUACCCUGACACCGAAGACAGCAAGAUCCUGCAUGUCGACGUCGACCAGACCGUCACCGGUGGCUUAAAGGGCACAACCGAGAUCCGCGUCACGGACGGCAAGGAACGAGACCACAAGGACCACAUCUUCGGCAGCAACAAGGGAGAGUCGUUUCUGAUCCGUGCUGCAAAGGGAGAUGACGGCAAGACCCGCCCCAAGUUCCAGGUCCGGAGCAAGGUCGGCAACGAGGCCGAUGAUGCCAAGGUAGCCAAGUUCCUGCGCGGUGAGAUCCUGGCCGAUGGGUCGCCAUCAGAGGGAUUCCUCGUGGACGAUGAAGGCGAGGAGUAUGGUGAGGGUGAGGGUCUUUAUUUGCACAGCUGGGUCGUGAACUUGGAUAGUGGCUGGACUGCUGAGCAGAUCUGGGGCUUCGAGAUCGUCAACGGCGAGCGCCGCUAUGCUCGUCGCGUUGCUGUCGUCAAGGACGGCAAGUAUGAAUUGGCCCGGCUGGUGUACUCGUAUGUGGAAAACUAAACUAGAAGUUUGAACCUCGUUCGUUCCUAUUGCCUUCUUUCCCUAAAGCAUUAGAUCUCGCUUGCGCUACUUCUCCCUUGUGAUUCCCCUCUGAUGAUAUCAUCAUGUGGCUUUUUUGCUAUUUCCCAAGACUGGCCUCCUAGCCCGAGUGUCUUAGCCUUUGAUAGGCACUAUUAUUAAUGGUAUUCUUUGGCUAAUAGCCAUGAAACGAGA